AUGCAGCAGGACCGGGGCUCACUCCUUUAUUGUGCCUAUGCCAUAGCCGUUUUCGAUCUACUCUGCGGCGUGCUCUUCGCUGCAUUCAGUCUGACCAAAUGCUCGUCACACUUGAGCUGGCUAGCCAUAUUCGCGGUGUGCUUUGCUUUGUUUUGGAUAACGCUGAUUGCUCUGCUCAUCUCUGGCAUUUAUUGGCGUAAUUCGACGUUGGUGGGGUGCUGGCUUGUAUUCUCAUGCGUGGGCAUUGCUAUUGAGAUUUGCCUGCUGAUUUAUGCUUUCGUCAGCAAGAGCACUUUCCAAGUGGGAAUAGCUGAAAAUAGUCUGAUUCUGCUCCUUGGUUUAUUUGUUGAAACAAUUUUUGCCCUGAUCAUCUAUAUGUUUUAUCGAGAACUCCCGGAAUGCAGCCCUGUUGUCCAGGAUAGAAAGCCGCCUUGUUACAGAGACCCACCGCUGGAGCAGGUUCUGUCGCCGCCACAGGAAGCGCCGCGGCCAAAGCUGGACCCAGAACCAGAGGCAGACGCUUGCACUACAUCGCCUAAUCGAAGCAAACGUUCCUACAGGUGCAACAUCUUGCAAACUAGAUCCAUUACAAGUCCCUACACCUGCGGCUCGAAGCGCAGCCCAUAUUGGUCUCCUGUGAGGACCGUAAAAUGAAGAACCUGAUGAUUGAAGCAGCGACAGCAAGCCAAUGGUCAUAAAGCUGAUUUUGAGUUGAUUUAUAUUUUUGUAAUAAACGGGUAUUAAGCUAUA